AGUUUUAGUGGUAAAAUUAUAUUCAGAUUUCAGAAACUCCUGUCUUUUAAAGUUUGUAUAGUAGUCUAGAUUAGAAAAUCUGAAAAUAUACAAGAGCUUACUGGUAGCGUAAGAGGGGUAAGGGUAAAAUAUUGGUCCUCAUUAAUUAAUUUGUGCCCCACCCCCUUAAUUGAAAUGUCGCACAAAUUAUCUAAAUUUAGAUUUAAAGUUUCUAAUUUUACUACCCUCAUUUAGAUAAGAAAUGACUAUUUUAAAACUAUAUUAGAAUCAUUUUUAUGUUAUCCUGAAAUAUUUACAUACAAGAAUCACCUUGAAAAUGAGUGAUAUAGAAAGCAUGGAAGACAGUUUUCUGGACAAUGAUUUAGAAGAAGAUCAACCCCUGACCAAUGAAAGAAACGAACUGAGAAUUAAGUAUCUUAAACAGAUAAAUGAUAUCAAAUACAGACCAACAUUUACUAAUCUCAAAAGGAAUAUUAGUUUAAUUUCUACUAAUCCAAACAUAAGAGAAUUAGUAGAACCAUUUACCGUUCCAUCACUUAUUUCAGAAUUACCUGCGUUAUUAGAGCGUCUAGAGAAAGGGCCAAAUGAUAAGGAUAUUGAUUCGAAAAUGGAUAUUCUAGAAUUAAUUGAAGAGUAUCGUUACAAUUCACUGUAUUUAUCUGAGCUAUUACUCAUUCUAACCCUUAACUUGAUCGUGUCCGAGAAUCAAUUUAAGUCUUUAACGUUUAGAUCUUUUGAUAUGGUUAAAGAAUUUGGAACGGUACUCGAGUUUGCUAAAGAGGGACUUUCAAAGGAGCAUUUGAGGGACUUUAACUAUUUGUGUCUUGUUGGAUGUAGUAGGAUAUUUUUUCAUAUUUCCUAUAAUUCAACUAGAUUAUCUAAUUCUGAUGAUAAAAAUAGUGAUGGUGGUAAUUUUAUGAACAAUGGCAAGGGUGAUAUUAUAUAUUACAAUAUAUCUUUGAGUUCAUUACAUUUAUGUAUUCAUUACCAUGGUUUAAACAUUGAUAAUUGGAAAAAGUUAAAUAAACCUGAUCCCGGUUAUAAACAUAGCAAGGAUGAAGCUCAAAAGGCUCUUUAUUUCAAUAAGAGUGUAGACAAUUUUCAGUUAAUUAGUCAUAAUAAUGAGUCUUUAAAACCUAAGGUGUUAGAAUUGUUUAAGCAAUUAUUCACAUUUGAAAGAUAUUUCCUUCUAUUUUCUUCAGUCCUUUAUAGAUUUUCUAAUUUUAGACAUCAUGGAAAUAUAACUCAUUUGGAAUUGAAUGGUUCAGAUUAUACAUCUAAUCUAAAUCCUACUGCUACAGAUAAUGUUUCACAAAAAUUAUUUCAAUUAUUUCUCAUGUUCGAAAGAAUUGAUAAUUUUUAUGAAGAUGGAACAAAGAGACCAUUUCAAUGCUUCACUUUAGUAUGCAAUGAAAUUCGCCUAAUAGAUUCUGAUGAUGAUUAUGAUGAUGAUUUGAGUUUUUAUAAAGAAUGUUUUCUUAAAUUCCAAAAUAUUACAAGUGGACCAACUAAUUCAAAACUUAUGGUGUUUGACAUCGUGAAGAAUCUAUUGCUUUUCAGGAUAUUAAUGUCCUUAUACAGAAUAGAUGAAGAAGACAUUGUUGAAGAAGAAUAUAUACGGUUGAAUGCUCAUUUACUACGUUAUAUCAAAUCAUCGCCAAGUGGUAAUACAAAGUUAAUGUUUGUAAAUUUUCAAAUUUACACUUACCUAGAGAGAUUUUAUGAUGCAAGUUCAUUGUUUUCUGAUUCAAAUGAAUUUCAUUUACUUUUUGAUGCUUUAUAUGAGUAUUUCCAUGCAGGAGACUUCAUCCAAUUGGCUCAUAGUAAAUUUAAAGAUAGGUAUGAUAAAUUGAAGCAUAAAACCCAAAUAUCAUCACAAGAAGAAUAAAUUAAUAGUAUGAAUGUACAUUUUUGAUUUUAUGUAAAUACUUUUAUAUCUUAAAUAUAUAUGUUUAUUAACUUGAAAUGUCAAACCAUAUCUAUACACAAUAUUUUAAUGAUUAACAGAAAUACAAUUUUUUAUCUAAAUUAUUAUAUUUCCAAAUU